AUGUCUUCGCUAUCAUGGGACUACAUCGCCAAACUUGUUUGCAUUGGCGAUUCCGGAACCGGUAAAUCCUCACUUACCAUCCGGCUCUGCGAGGGCCGCUUCUCUCCCCACCACGACGUUACCAUCGGCGUUGAAUUUGGCUCUCGAAUCGUCCCCGUCGGUCCUCCAAAUGCAAAACCUCCAGCCCCCAGACCCAGCACUCCAAGGGAUUCAUCAGUGGCAGAUAUAUCAGGGGGGCUGCCCGAACCUCGGCGCGCGGAGGUACCUGUGGUACAGAAGCAUAUGAAAUUAAGCCUCUGGGAUACUGCUGGUCAGGAAACGUAUAAGAGUGUUACGAGGAGUUAUUUUCGCGGUGCUUCGGGGGCGCUGCUGGUAUUCGAUAUAUCAAGGAGGCCGACCUUCAGCCAUGUCCAAGACUGGCUCAAUGACUUAAGACAGAUUGCCGAGCCGGAUAUCGUGGUGGUCUUGGUUGGAAAUAAGAGCGAUCUGGCAGCCGGCGAUGAGAAUAAGCGGGAAGUCACUAAGGAAGAAGCUGAAGAGUGGGCAAAGAAUAACGGCGUGCUGGAAUACGUGGAGACGAGCGCAAAAAGCGGCGAGGGCGUGGAGAUGGCCUUUGGUCGGGUGGCGGAGAGGAUAUAUGAGAACAUCGAAGCGGGGAAAUAUGAUCUGAAUGAUAGGAGAUCCGGUGUCAAAGGGCCUGGCGCGAAUGCCGGCAGAGGGAAUGUCAAGUUGAAGGCGCCAGCCAAGAAUGGUUGGGGAGGUAUCUUGGUUCAGGGACCAGUGGCUCAGUUACCGGUAACGAUCGAACCACCAAAUAGCUACAGAGCACUUCGUACUCCAUACCUAGGCAAAUUGUCACCGCAGCUCUGGCCCCCGAAUACGAAGUACCGCGAAGGUGCCACAUAUUCGCAAGUCGGUGUGGCUGAGCAUGAUUGUCGGCUUAUCGCCAACCUCAAACGUUACAAGAUGAGCGAUUUUGCGCCGCCCACCGGCCCUCCACCUCCAAAGGUCCCAGAAGGAUGGAAAGCGGCAUGGAAUGCCGAGUAUAAGGAAUGGUUCUAUGUCAACGUCUAUACCAAAAAGUCCCAGUGGGAUAAGCCCACCGAGCCCGUCUACCCUCCAUCCAGCGAUGGCGCACCAGCAGGACCACCCCCAGGCUACGCAGGAGGCGGCAUGAACGCCAGCCUCGACGACAAGAAGACCAACCCCUACGAAUCGAAUACUCACAACACCGGCUCUCCUGGCGCAGAGUCGGAUGCCGCGCUGGCCGCACGGCUACAAGCCGAAGAAGAUGCGCGAGCGUCCUCAACUCGGAGCGCACAAAACGAUUAUCAGAAUACGCAGAUGCCGCAGCAGGGUUAUGGAGAGCUUCCUCCUAGGGAACAGAAGAAGUCUGGUGGUUUGUUGGGGAAGUUGCUUGGUAAGGCGACUAGUGCAGGCUCGAGUAGUCGUCCAUAUCAGCAGCAGCAGCCGCAAUAUGGACAGCAGUACCCACCACAGCAACAGCAAUACGGUGGCUAUCCUCAGCAGGGUUAUCCUCAACAGGGCUAUCCUCAGCAGGGGUACCCACCACAAGGUUAUGGUCCCGGACCUGGCUAUGGCCCAGGGCCUGGCUAUGGUGGAGGAGGUUAUGGCGGAGGUGGUGGAUAUCAAAACCAAAGACCGCAAAAGUCUGGCGGUAUGGGCGUUGGUGGUGCAGCUGCUCUUGGUGUGGGUGGUGGUUUGGUUGGAGGCAUGCUUCUCGCAAACGCCAUGGAUAAUGAUCAUGAUGAUUACCAGCAAGGCUAUGAGGAUGGUGCGGAUGAUGGUGGCGGCGAUGACGGAGGUGAUUUCUAG